UAACAUGAUUUAGAGAACAAAACCUGGACAAUAUAUUUUAACGCCCAGCUUUUGAAACAGCAAAUAAUUUACAAUCACUUUAUUAAAAUGACUUUAAAUUAUUUGAUGUUACAAAUUAUGUCAUCCUAUUUAUUCAGCCUAUAAAUAUUUUUAAACAUUUUGGAUUGGUUGCAGCCUAACAAAAUUGUGAAAAAACAAUAUUGAAUAAUUCUAAUGUUUUAAAAUUUUAUUUCCGUUACAAAAUUAUGUGAAUAAAAAUGUUUUAUAUUUAUGAGUUUGCCAUGAUUGCUCUGAUUGAAUCAUGGCAAAAUACUUAUUCAGUUCUAACUGUUUAUUAAAUAAGCUUGGCUCUUUAAGGCUUGACCUUGGUGAAUGCAGUAAAAAAUAUUUAAAUAAGAUCUUUUGUGUAAAACACUUCAAUGUGCCUUUUUUAUAUUUUUUUCUUUUUUAGGCCAACUCUCACUUGUUGGCGGAAGUUAGCAAAAUAUGUUAAGGACUUAAUUCAGAGUGUGCUAUUAUGUCUGAAUGGUGUCGUGUAAAGUGGCUUGAAGAAGAAUUAGUUUACUCUGACACUGUUCCUUUAAGUUGGAUUAAUGCUUAAGUUUUGAGAUGGCCAAAAAAAGGAGCUGAGUUAAGUUAAGGGACCAGGUUGAACCUCAUAAUGAUUGGUUUAAAUUUCAAGUUCUCAAAAUUAAAUUAACUGAUAAAGAUUUUAUGACUUGCCAUUCAUAUAAUAUUACAACUGAUACUGACUCUUGUGAUUUUGAUUUUUAAAAAGAUGUCUCAAGUUGCAAAAAAAAUUUGCAGUACACUUCCUCCAAAGCCUGAAAUCAAAUUAGGUUUUAGAAAUAAAAAGCAUUUACCCCAGAAUUAGAAAAAGAACCUAAAUCUUUCACAUAAAGCUAUUCAGAAUAAAGUAAAUAUUGAUUUGAAUCAACCUACUCAGUCAGUAUUUAGUUUUCGAAGUUCAUCAAAAUCCCAUAAUUCAAAGAAAUCGUGCUUUCGAUCUUCCAGUAGUUCUUGUUCACUAUCUCCUCAGAGUAAAAGUAAAAGAAGGCCAGAUUAUUGUUCUCUUUUACAAUCAGAGAAAAUUGAAACACAGAGUCAACUCUCUUGUGGAUUACCAAAAAGUAAAGAACAUUCUACUCUGGCUAUUAACAGAAAUAACUUUCCAAUGAGUGAUCAAAAAUUCCAGUAUGAAGUCAUGUUUACAAUGUCAACCCAAACGUACAUUGUCACAUAAUUUGAGUGCGGAAAUUCCGACUCAAUUCUUGACAGUAGAAGAUUUGAAUGAAUUUGAACUUAAAAUGCAUGAUAAUAGUUUUGCACAAAAAUUUGUUAAACAACUCUCACGUGUUGGUGGAAAAUCAUCUAAAUAUAUGGUUAAGGACCUAAUUCAAAGAUUGAUGUCAAAUGAUCUUCAGAAAAAAUUCAGCAUGAUUGGUUUAAAAGGAAAGCUUAAGUUUGAAAAAACUUUGUUGUAUAAUGUAGUAAAUAAUGCAGUAUUAAAUGUCUUUCCGGAUGCUACCAGCUCAGAAGUACGAAUAGAAGUGAUGAACCAUUUAAAAUAUGCUGCAGAUCGUAAAAACCGGAAAACACUUCGGACAAGCGCCAGAAAUGAUAUCAUGUCUAUCAGUUCGAAUUUUGCAGAAGAAGCCAGUAAAACAUAAUUUUUAUAUAAUUUUUUCACUGAGUGUUUUUUUUUUUUACUUCAAUAUAAUAUUUUUGUUCUUUAUUUUUCAACAUUUCUUUUG